AUGGGCCACCCGUUCGCCGUGGUGCAGAGAAUCUACUACCCGUGCGUGUGCGCAAUCGGCAUUCCCGCCAACCUGCUCACCACGCUUACCCUCGCCCGGCGCUCCUGCGGCCUGUCCAAGGUGACGCGCACGUACCUCGUAGCCCUGUCGGUGGCUGACAGCCUGACUCUCGCCUGGCUGGGUGUGGUGGACCUCACGCUGCUGUGGCUGCAGCCCGAGCCCUUCUGGGGCGCCUACCCGUGGUGCGGCCUCGUCACGGUGCUCGAGUAUGGCGCCAUGUUCUCCUCCAUCUGGAUUAUCGUGGCCUUCACCAUCGAGCGCUUCCUCUCCGUGGCCCGGCCUGCAGGGUCGGGUCCCAGGCCCACGGCGGCGGCGAGUAGGGGUGGUGGCGGCGCCGGUGGCUUCUGCGGCGGCGCCACGACUCGGAGCCGCUCGCGGGCGGCGCUCUACGUGACGCUGGCCGUGUUCGCCGCUUCCUACGCCUUCGCUGUGCCGGGGUUCUGGCUCAAUAUCACCGAGGUCCAGAACGUCACGGCGGUGCGCGGCAACGUCACGGGGGUGCACGACGACAACGUCACGGAGGCGGGAAACAACUUGACUGAUGUUCGAAACGUCACCACCUUCCGGGACUUUGCGGAGGUUCACAAUGUGAUGGAGGUCUGGAGUGACGUCACCGAGGUCCAGAACGUCACAGAGGUGAGAAAAGGUGGCGCCACGGAGGCCUGGAACGAUGUACCGGAAGUCCAGGGAAACCUCAAGUCAGUCCGGACCAACGUCAGGGAGGUCUGGAAUGGCGUCCUGAAGGUCCGCAAUGCCACGGAGGUUCAAAACAAUGUCACAAAGGUCCAAAAGGGCAUCGCAGAGGUCCAGAACAUCACAGAGGUCUGGGGCAACAUCACACAAGUCUGGAACGACGGAACGCCAGAGAUCAUAGCAAGAGGCGGGAAGAAAAUGUUGGAAUCUUCUCUCCCGACACGGUCGAUGUCAUCAUCCUCAUCGUCAUGGCCACCACCGCCGCCAGAAACGAGGCAGUCUCAGCGCUGCCACCACAACGUCAGCCCCUACGCGGAGGCCAUCGUGUGGGCCCACACGCUGGCUUCGGGCGCCGUGCCCUUUGCGCUGGUGCUGAUCCUGAAUGGCACAGUGGUGUGGCGCCUGCGCUCCCAGGCGUUCUCGGGGCCCCAGGGCCCCCUGCGGGCCAAGACGCGCCGCUCCGUGGCCAUCCUCCUGGCCGUGUCGCUGGCCUUCGUGGGUCUCUCACUGCCACGCUUCGUCACCUACUGCCUCCUCCGCACGAUGGGGCCCGAGUGGGCACGGGACCGCAACGACUUCACACGGCCGCUCAAUGUGGCGGCCGACGUUGCCAUCAUGUUGCAUCUGGCCAACUCGGCUGUCAACUGCUUCCUGUACUGCCUGGCGAGCGCGGCCUUCCGCGCCGAGCUCGUGGCCUUGUUGGCCUGCAGGGGCUGCGCGAGGGGGAGCGGCAGGAAGGCCGUGGGGGCGCGUGCGCUCCGCUGAGUGGGGGCGCGUGUGUGCGUGUGUUUGUGUGUGCGUGUGUCCGUGCGUGUGUGUGUAAUAGGCAGAGAGAGUGUAAUGGUUAGCGUGCUGCGCUUA